AUGGCUGCAUAUUAUUAGCAAGUUCCACCUUAACAUUUAAUAGAAAAUAAUUCUCUAACUGGAUAUUCAGACUAAGAGCAAUAAAGUGAACUAGAUAUUGUUGUAAAGCAUAUUGUAAACUUGAGAGACCCUGAAAAAAAAGAAGAAGCAUUAUCAGAACUUUCUAAAAAAAGAGAAUCGUUUUAAAAUUUAGCACCAUUAUUAUGGCAUUCAACAGGUACAAUAGCUUUAUUAAUCGAAGAUAUAGUAUAAGUAUACUAAAAUCUUGUGUAAAAUAAUUUAACAACCUAAAUAUCAAGUAGUGUAUGUUCUGUUUUGGGCCUUUUAUAAUGUUUAGCUUUACAUUAAGAGACUAAGCCUCAUUUUAUAAAAGCACAUAUCCCUCUUUUUUUAUACCCUUUUUUAAAUACAAAUGUAAAAACAAAGCCUUUUGAGAAUCUCCGUGUAACAUCCCUUGGAGUAAUAGGUGCUUUAGUAAAAGGAGACGAUACAGAGGCAAUAACAUUUUUAAUGUAAACUGAGAUUAUUCCUCUCUGCUUAAGAAUUAUGAAGCGAGGCUAAGAAUUAUCUAGAACUGUUGCUACGUUUAUUAUUUAGAAAAUACUUGUUGAUGAUAAUGGUUUAAAUUAUAUUUGCUAAACUGCUGAAAGAUUUUUUGCUGUUUCUACUGUUUUAUAAAGUAUGAUUGAAGAUCUUAUUUAAAAUGAAAAAGAUGAUUAGAGACUUCUAAGACAUAUUAUUAGAUGUUAUUAGAGACUUUCAGAUAAUCCAAGAGCUAAUGAAGCUUUGAAGAAAAUUCUUCCAAAUAAUUUUAAAGAUCCGAAUUGGAAAUUAAUAAAAGAUGAGACAGUAAAGAAAUGGCAUAUUAAUUUAUUAUAAAAUUUAGGCUUUUAUAAUGAAGAAAUGGGUUUUUCUUCUUCUUUUUUUGCAUCUGUUGUUUGCUUUGAACUUGUUUUUUAAGAAGUCUUUUAUUGGGAUGAUUUUUAUGCUAAAUUUCCAGCCACAGGUUUUGUUGCAGGUUUUUAAAUGGAAUUUCCUACUGGUUUUUAUGUGGGUUUUUGA